AUGGCCCACGUUGUCAUAGCGCUGGGGAUUUGGCUUUCCCACUUGGUGUCUGAGAAGGGACAGACCCCAGCAGCCCCUGAUUGCGAUGGAAUCGGGAGCAGAGACCCCAGCACAGCAGAAUACAGCACCUGCCUAGAGCAUUUCCGAUCCCAGUUGUGCCACCUGGCCCUACCCAGCCCAGCAGGGGACUCCAGAUGCAGAUUCUGCCCCACGGACUGGCGGCUGGACGGGAACAAGUUCUUCUGGGUCUCCAGAGAAAAUAAAAUAUGGAGCGAGAGCCGCAUCGACUGCUCAGCAAGGGGUUCUCAGUUGCUGGUGAUCCGGGACCCCACGGAGCUGGAGUUCAUAAACGACCUGAUACAAGGCACAUCUCUGUUCUGGAUCGGACUGUCCGUCUCUUCCCCGGAGAAGGCCUGGACCUGGGUGGACAGCUCCCAGCUGGAUCAGACCCAGUUCCUGGUGUCAGGCCCGGCUGAGGGGAGCAGCUGUGGGGCAGUAAAGGGAAAUCGGAUUCAUUCUGGUGCCUGCAGCUCUGCAUUUCAAUCAGUUUGCCAGCAAGAUGCCGUCUUACUCUGA